AUGGAGCCCACUAUACUUAAAGUAAAUGAUACGUUCGAAUCUUUAGAAGCACUUGAAAGUGCAGCCAACUUAUCUGCUAAAGCUAACGGGUUCGCUUUCUCAAGGAAAGAUAGCAACCUUACAGGACGCGGAGGUAAAUCACCUUUCGUCAUCUUGCAAUGUACCAAAGGUGGAGAAUGGCGAAACAACUGGAAUAUAGAAGAAAAAACUCGAAAAAGAAAAAAAAAGACUAAACGUGUAGGUUGUCCUGUGUACAUUAGAGCCGUUGCAAUAAAACGUCAUUUAACUACGGAUGUCACAAAAGAUGAGAUAGUGUGGAAUGUUACAAAAGUUGCACUUGUGCAUAAUCAUCCUUUACUUGAAUUGGAUGAGGUUGCAACCCUUCCUCAGCAUCGCACCAAAAAUUUAAGUCAAAAACGUCUUAUUCAACAACUACAUGACAGUAACGCACCUACACGUGUUAUUACGACUGCUGCAAAUAAGAUCGUUGAUGGUGGGAUUAUUCAUCCAAAGGAUAUUGUGAAUGAGCGUGCCCGUAUAAGAUUUGCAUUAAAUGAGGGUCCCAAUGAUGAUUUUACGCGGAAGCUUUUAAGGCUCUUUGAAGAACGCAACUAUGUAGUAAUACCUUCAAAAACAGCAAAAGGUUACUUAACACACCUUUUUUUUUUUCAUACCGAAUCAGCAAAAUGUGUUGCCAAAUGUCCCGAAGUUCUUAUUGUAGAUUCAACCUACAAAACAAACAUUUAUAAGUACCCUCUUGUUAGUGCUAUUGGUAUUAACAAUAUAAGCAAUGAGAAAGGUGUAUUGGCAUCAUACCAAAUCGCGAUGGCUUGGAUAGAGGAUGAAAGUGAAGCGUCGUAUAUAUGGUUUUUGCAGACACUUCGUUCUAAUAUUUAUGAUGCAUAUAAUUGCCUGCCGGAAGUUUUUAUGUCUGAUAGAGAUCAGGCAUUACGAAAUGCUGCAGAUAUAGUGUUUCCACGAUCAAACAAAAUGCUGUGCGUUUGGCACCUUCUGGAACAGAACCUAAAGACGAACUGUCACAAACUUUUUGAAAAUGGGAAUGAUUAUGAACUAUUUAAAAAGGAAGUUGAGGCUCUUCGUUUUACUUCAGAUGAAGAAAAAAUUUACGAAUCAUUAAAUGCAGUAAAGAAAGCUGCCGAAAAAGCGCGUGAUUAUGAAAAGGCAAUAUCGUAUAUUCAGACCUGGAUGAAAGAUUCGGAAAAGUGGAUUUUGGCUUAUACAAAACGAUACUGUCAUAUGGGGAUUUCAACUACUGGGCGAGCAGAGUCAUCCCAUAGUGCAUUCAAACGAGCAAUUGAAAUGGCUACUGAUUUAGAAAGUGUUUUCCGCCAAAUUGAUCAAACUAUGCGUAUGCAGCACCUGAAAGCAUCAAUGCGUCAAGGUUCCAACAAAGCGGCAAUUGAUCCAUUUAUACUUCGCAAUCCUAAAUUCAGUGAACUUAUCGGUUAUGUGUCAACAUGGGCAAUUGAUAAAAUCAAAAGAAUGUUACAAUCAAUGGCCAAUGAACCCAAUAUGCAUGAAAAUGCUGAAGCUUGUGAAUGCUUAACUAAGAUUAAUUAUAAAUUGCCUUGUAUACAUAUGAUUCCAACAAAUGGUCCAAUUCCUCUUUCGAUCAUUAAUAGAAGAUGGCUUCUUGAAAGGCCUGACAUCAUCGAGCUUCCACGUCCUUCAAAGUCUGAUGCCGUUGAUUCUGAAUUUUAUGAUAUUUUUGUUAAAGCAGAGGAAAAAUUUAAGCAAUUACCAGAUAAUAUCACUAAACGGGAAUUCGUUACUAAACUUAAUCAAGUGACAAAUAUGCCGCUACCUGAGCCUAUCAAGCCCCCACAAAAAGCAGUACCAAAGGGUCGUUAUUCUGGCACCAAACGAGGAUUACUCCUGAGCGAGCACCAAGAAAAUGCUGCAAAGAAAAAAAAAAAGUUGAAUAAGAUUUUAAAGCCUAAUAGUGAAAAUAUUCAGCAACAAAAUUCAUUAAUAAAACAAAAACUUAAUGAUACAUAUCUUUCAGAUAAUAAACUCUAUGAGGCGAAUAUUCCAAAGUUUAUGCGAGAACAUGUCUCAGCAUAUUUUGACGUAACUGGAGAUGGUAAUUGCGGUUUCCGCGCUAUUGCUUUGUCAGUUAAAAAAUCUGAAGAAUGUUGGCCAGAUGUUCGAAAACUCAUCUAUGAUGAACUUUGUAAUCGAAAAUCACAUUAUAUACAGCUAUUUUUGGAAGGUGAAAAGGAGUAUAAUCGAACCUUAUUUGUAACACAAUGGGAAGCUGGCCCCUGUAACAGGGAUCACUGGAUGUUCAUGCCCUCCUUUGGUUACAUUAUUGCUAAUGCAUUUCAACGACCCGUUCAUUACUUUAGCAGACAUAUUUCUAUUACAUUUUUACCUGAUAAUGCACCUUUGAACAGAAAUGCAUCGAUAGUCUUCGCCUAUAUUCAUGAAAAACAACACUUUAUAGCUAUGAAACUUAAACCUAAUGUACCCGUUCCUCCUAUUGCAAGUGGUUGGGAAGACAUCUGCUCUGAACAAAGCAAGAUGUGGAAGAACUUGUUUAUUUCAAGAAUUGCCCAUUUUAAGAAAGAAGAUGAUGAACAUAAAUACUUACAAAAGGAAAAUUUAUAA